UUGGGGGUUGUUAAAAAAUAAAUAUAAGAGCGGCCAUCUUUGUUUCCCUGCCUUGUAGUGUAAAAUAUUCCAAAACGGCCCCCACUUUUUUUCUGGUGUCGAUUUGAAUAUUAAAUAAAUAUCAUAAUUCCGGAAGGUUUCUGAUUUCGAGGAAGGAGCCGAUGACAGGAAUAUAAUGUCCUCUCCUCUCCGGUCCUGUGAGGAAGACCAGGGCAUGUUGGUUAAUUCCGAGGGAGUAGAUUUUGAUGAAGAAGACGAGGACGACGGAGAUCUAGACGAGAACGCAAGCGACAUAAACUCGCCGGCGGCGCCUCGAGAAACUGCAACACUAGCCGCGCCAGUAGAGGAAGAAAGGGAAGCAUCAGACAGGGCCAGUCUAGGGAGGAAGAAACGAGGGCCCAAGAAGAAGGAGACAAAGAAGAAGGAAAAAGAGAAAGAGGGAAAACCGGUUAAAGCCAAAAAACGGAAAAAGAUUGAAAGUGAUGUAGAGAGAGACUCGGAGCGAGAGAGAGAUUAUGGUGAGAACUCUGACAGCGCAGCGAGUGACUUCUCUAGUGAGAAAAAGAAGAAGAAGAAACACAAGGAAAAGAAGGAGAAGAAAACCAAGAAGAAGAAAAAAGAUGAUGGGGACAGCACGCAUGAGGAGACAACAAAGCCAAUAGAACAGAAAACGUCGGCCCAGCUGGCUAUGGACUGGGGUCUGGAGGAUGUGGAUCAUACAUUCACUGAAGACGAUUACCGCACACUCACCAACUACAAAGCCUUCAGCCAGUCCAUGAGGCCCAUGAUCGCCAAGAAGAACCCUAAGAUCCCCAUGUCCAAGAUGAUGACCAUCCUGGGGGUCAAGUGGAGGGAGUUCAGCUCUAACAACCCCUUCAAGGGCUCCGGUGCUGCAGCCGUGGCAGCUGCAGCCGCCGCUGCCGCCAUUGCCGUCGCCGAGCAGGUCUCCGCGGCAACCCCAUCCCCGGAGCCACCUCCACCCCGGAAGCAGCCCCAACCCCCACGGCCGCCCCCCCUGCCGCCUCCCCCGCUCCGCAAGGCCAAGACCAAAGAGGGCAAAGGCCCUGGGUAUAAGAAGAGUCGCAGUAAGAGUCCUCGUGUUCUGGCUGAGAGGAAGAAGGCGGUGGCAGCAGCAGUAGCGGCUUCAGUAGCUAAAGCCAAGAAGAUGUCCCCCAUACGCAUAAAACUGGGGGCCUUAGGCAACAAGAGAAAGAAGAGCAGCUCUAGUGGUGAUGAUGUUGAUGAGGAGGACUCGCUGCAAGAGGACUCUAGUGUCCACAGCUCCUCGGUCCGCUCCGACAGCUCCUCCCGGGUCAAGAAGAACAAGAGAGGACGUCCGGCCAAGAAGAAUAAGAAAAUGCUGGACGAGGGUGAGGUGGAGGGGGAUGGUUAUGAGACAGACCACCAGGACUACUGUGAGGUGUGCCAGCAAGGAGGGGAGAUCAUUCUGUGUGACACCUGUCCUAGGGCCUACCACCUGGUCUGUCUGGAGCCUGAGCUGGAGAAGGCCCCCGAGGGCAAGUGGAGUUGCCCACACUGUGAGAAAGAGGGGAUCCAGUGGGAAGCGAAGGAUGAGGACUUUGAGGAGUUUGAGGAGGAGAGUGAGGACAUGGUGGUACCAGAGGUACCUGGGGUUGGACUGCUGGUAGGACUGGAGGAAGAGGAGGAUGACCACAUUGAGUUCUGCAGGGUCUGUAAAGAUGGGGGGGAACUAUUGUGCUGUGACACCUGCACUUCCUCCUACCACAUCCACUGUCUCAACCCGCCCCUGCCUGAGAUCCCCAACGGAGAGUGGCUGUGUCCACGCUGCACUUGUCCUGGUAUCAAGGGCAGGGUGCAGAGGAUCCUCCACUGGCGAUGGGGCGAGCCCCCCGAUCCUGUACCCGUGCCUCCCGCCCCCGAUACCCCUCCUGAUGCUCCUCCGCCACCCCCCAUGAAGGGCAGGGCUGAGAGGGAGUUCUUUGUCAAGCUGACUGGACAGUCCUACUGGCACUGUACCUGGAUCACUGAACUGCAGCUGGAGAUCUUCCACUCGGUGAUGUUCCGUAACUACCAGAGGAAGACAGAUAUGGAGGAGCCUCCCAGUCUGGACUAUGGGUCGGGGGGAGAGGAGGAGAGUGUUAAGAGUGAGAAGAGGAGGCUGAAAGACCCCGACUAUGCUGCCCUGGAUGACAAGUUCUAUAAAUAUGGCAUCAAGCCUGAAUGGAUGAUGGUCCACCGCAUCAUCAACCACAGUAUGGACAAGAAAGGGAUAUACCACUACCUGGUCAAGUGGAGAGACCUGACCUACGACCAGUGCACAUGGGAGAGAGACGAUCUGGAGAUGCCAGAGUUUGUCAUUCACAAGGCCAACUACUGGGCACACAGGGAUGAGGUGAUGAAGGAGGCCCCAGACAUGCCGAGGAGGAUGAGGAGGAUGAGGAUGGAAGAGAGUGAAGACCCCCACAGAUCACCUGUCAACGACCCUACGAUAAAGUACGAGGAGCAGCCAGACUUUGUGACAGCGACGGGGGGCACUCUGCACCUCUACCAGCUGGAGGGACUCAACUGGCUGCGUUUCUCCUGGGCACAGGGCACUGACACCAUCCUGGCAGACGAGAUGGGGCUGGGCAAGACUAUCCAGACCAUCGUCUUCCUCUACUCACUCUUCAAAGAGGGCCACACUAGGGGCCCAUUCCUGGUGAGUGCCCCCCUCUCCACCAUCAUUAACUGGGAGAGAGAGUUUGAGAUGUGGGCCCCUGACUUCUACGUGGUGACCUACACAGGGGACAAGGACAGCAGAGCCAUCAUCAGAGAGAACGAGCUGACCUUCGACGACACGGCCGUACGGGGAGGGAGGAAAACCUUCAAACUGAGGAGAGAAGCCCCUAUAAAGUUCCAUGUGCUGUUGACGUCCUAUGAGCUGGUGACGAUAGACCAGACCUCCCUGAAGUCUAUAGACUGGGCCUGUCUAGUGGUGGACGAAGCCCACCGCCUCAAGAACAACCAGAGCAAGUUCUUCAGACGUCUGAAUGACUAUACGAUUGACCACAAGCUGCUGCUGACUGGUACUCCUCUACAGAACAACCUGGAGGAGCUGUUUCACCUGCUCAAUUUCCUCACUCCCAACCGUUUCAAUAAUCUGGAGGGGUUCCUGGAGGAGUUUGCAGACAUCUCCAAGGAGGACCAGAUCCAGAAGCUCCAUGACCUGUUGGGUCCCCACAUGUUGAGGAGGCUGAAGGCUGACGUCUUCAAGAACAUGCCGUCCAAGACUGAGCUCAUCGUACGAGUGGAACUAAGCCCCAUGCAGAAGAAAUACUACAAGUUGAUUCUGACGAGGAACUUUGAGGCUCUGAACUCUAAAGGAGGAGGUAACCAGGUGUCUCUACUCAACAUCAUGAUGGACCUGAAGAAGUGUGCCAACCACCCCUAUCUCUUCCCCGUCGCCUCCAUGGAAGCCCGCAAGACGGCGAGCGGAGCGUACGAGGGCAUGGACCUCACAAAGGCUUCUGGGAAACUGACUCUGUUGCAGAAGAUGAUGAGGAAACUGAAGGACCAGGGACACCGGGUGCUAGUCUUCUCACAGAUGACUAAGAUGUUGGACCUGUUGGAGGACUUCCUGGACUUUGAGGGUUAUAAGUACGAGAGGAUCGACGGAGGAGUCACAGGAGCUCUGAGACAGGAGGCCAUAGACAGGUUCAAUGCUCCUGGUGCUCCUCAAUUCUGUUUCCUGCUGUCCACCAGGGCAGGGGGUCUGGGUAUUAACCUGGCCACAGCAGACACUGUUGUCAUCUUCGACUCAGACUGGAACCCCCACAAUGACAUCCAGGCAUUCAGUCGCGCCCACCGCAUCGGGCAGGCCAACAAGGUGAUGAUCUACCGUUUUGUGACCCGUGCCAGUGUGGAGGAGCGCAUCACCCAGGUGGCAAAGAGGAAGAUGAUGCUGACCCACCUGGUGGUGAGGCCCGGCCUGGGCUCCAAGGCUGGAUCCAUGUCCAAACAGGAACUGGACGACAUCCUCAAGUUCGGCACCGAGGAACUCUUCAAGGACGAGAUCGAAUUCCUCUCACCACCACGUAUGUCCCCUCUCUCUCCUAUACGCUGUCCAGCGGGGGACAACAGGGAUGAUGAGGGCAGUGUGAUCCACUAUGACAGCUCAGCCAUCGAGAGACUGCUGGACCGGAGCCAGGACGCUACAGACGACACAGACAUGCAGAACAUGAACGAAUACCUCAGCUCCUUCAAAGUGGCCCGCUACAUGGUUCGAGAGGAGGAUAAGAUUGAGGAGGUGGAGCGUGAGAUCAUUAAGCAGGAAGAGUGUGUGGACCCAGAAUACUGGGAGAAGCUGCUGAGACAUCACUAUGAGCAACAACAGGAGGACCUGGCUAGUAAACUGGGCAAGGGCAAGAGGAACCGCAAGCCUGUCAACUACAACGACGCAGCACAGGAGGACCAAGAGUGGCAUGCUGGUAUUUCAGAUAACCAGUCCGAGUACUCUGUGGGCUCUGAGGAGGAGGAUGAAGACUUCGAUGAGAGGCCAGAAGGUUCUCGCCGACAGUCCCGUCGCCAGAUGAGGAACGAGAGAGACAAGCCACUUCCCCCCCUGUUGGCCAGAGUAGGGGGAAACUUGGAGGUAUUGGGCUUCAACACGCGCCAGAGGAAAGCCUUCCUAAACGCGGUGAUGCGUUGGGGCAUGCCCGCACAGGACGCCUUCUCCUGCCAGUGGCUGGUCAGAGACCUGAGGGGCAAGAGUGAGAAGGAGUUCAAGGCGUAUGUCUCCCUGUUCAUGCGUCACCUGUGUGAGCCCGUGGCCGACGGUGCCGAGACGUUUGCCGACGGCGUGCCGAGGGAGGGCCUGUGUCGGCAGCCUGUGCUCACCCGCAUCGGGGUCAUGUCCCUGGUCAAGAAGAAGAUCCAGGAGUUUGAGCACAUCAAUGGGCGGUGGAGUCUUCCAGAACUGAAGCCAGAGAUGAAGCCAGAGGUCCUGAGACCAGAGGUCAGUGUGUCUUCUUCCUCCAGAGCCUCCUCCCCUGGAGGGACCAUGAAGACCGCUACGCCCACCCCUGACCCCAGCUGUACCUCAGACAACACCCCCUGCACCUCAAAACCAGCUACCCCUGCUCCGUCGGACAAACUAGAGAAGAACGGGAAAGAUGGAGAGAAGGAAGAGGAAGAUGAGGAGGGUAAGGCCUCAUCUGAGCCAGAGCAAGAUGGCGAGAAGGAGAAGAACAAGGGGAAGGAGGAAGAGAGCAACAAGAGUGCAGACUCUGAAGAGACUCCAAUCUCUACCAAAGAAGCACUACAAGAAUUAUCCCCUUGCACAACAACAGACAAGGAGGAGAAGGGUACAAAAGAGGAGAAGGAGGGGAAAGAAACCAAAACGACUGACACCCUUCCGGCCCUAGUGGAGGAGAAGAAAGUUGAGGAGGAGAGUAAGGAGGAGGGGUCCUUCGGAGAAACAACUAAGCAAGGGUCGGAGGUCAAACAUGAGAAACCAGGUAGUGUAACACUCUCACCUGGAGAGAAGGUGGAGGAGGAGAAAGAGAAGGACAACAACAAGGAAAAGGACAUGGAGAAGAGUGAGGAGGCCCCUGUCCCCACAGAAGAGCCAGACAACAUGGAAAGAAUGGAGCGACAGCAACCCUCUGACGUGAUGAAAGAGGAAGUAAAAGGUGAAAAGGAUGCUGGGAAAGAAGUGGCGAAGGAGGAGGUUGCCAAAGAUGCCUUGCCAAAACCCCCCAUCACCCCCCCCGAGCGACGGCGCUUCAUGUUCAACAUCGCUGAUGGGGGCUUCACGGAGCUGCAUACGCUGUGGCAGAACGAGGAGCGGGCCGCCAUCUCCUCCGGGAAGAUGAAUGAGAUCUGGCACCGGCGACACGACUUCUGGCUGCUGGCGGGAAUUGUACUUCAUGGGUACGCGAGGUGGCAGGACAUCCAGAACGAUCCCCAGUUUGCUAUCGUCAACGAGCCCUUCAAGUCGCAGGCCAACAAGGGCAACUUCCUGGAGAUGAAGAACAAGUUCCUGGCCCGCCGCUUCAAGUUAUUAGAGCAGGCCCUGGUGAUAGAGGAACAACUGAGACGGGCAGCCUACCUGAAUAUGACCCAGGACCCGGUCCACCCCGCCAUGGCGUUGAACGCCCGUUAUGCCGAGGUGGAGUGUCUGGCCGAGUCCCACCAACACCUCAGCAAGGAGUCCCUGGCCGGGAACAAACCAGCCAAUGCCGUGCUGCAUAAAGUGCUGAACCAGUUGGAGGAGCUGCUGAGCGACAUGAAGGCUGACGUGACACGGCUCCCCGCCACGCUGUCCCGGGUCCCGCCCAUCGCCGCACGUCUGCAGAUGUCAGAGAGGAGCAUCCUCAGCAGGCUGGCCAGCAAGGGCACUGACACACACCCGCCCCGACCAUCCCUCCAGGACCCUACGCCACUCCUCAGAACUUUGGGCCCCCCUUCACCCCCACCCCCCUGGGAGUCUUACCCAUGGGAGGAGCCAACUACAGCCAGAUGCCUCCUGGAUCCUUCGUAUCAGUGUUGAACGGUCCUCCUGUGUCAGUGAAGAAGGAGAGGGAAGCAGAGCAGCUCCUGAGCAGGAGAGACCAGCGCCGUGGAGAGGUCAUCUGUAUCGACGACUGAACAAUAUAGCUCACUGACCGCACACACACACAUGUCAACAUAUAUACACACACACAUAUAUACUUAAACAUAUACACACACACACGAACAUAUACACACACACCAACACAUAACACACGCAGUACAGUAUCCACACUCCGCAGACUGACCAUCCCUAUGAAUAUAUACACACACACAUGAACAUACACACACCAACACAUAAUACACACAGUACAGUAUCCACACUCCACAGACUGACACUCCCUAUGAAUAUAUACACACACACAUGAACAUACACACACCAACACAUAAUACACACACCAACACAUAAUACACACAGUACAGUAUCCACACUCCACAGACUGACACUCCCUAUGAAUACACACACACACACACACACACACACACACUUGUGGUCCAUGCUGUCACAUACAUACUCACCUGCUCAAUCGCGUGUUGUCUGCCUCAAACCAACCAAUCCUCACAAGCAGCCUACUCAUAGAAUAUCUCCCCUCCAGAACAGUAUGGUUCUGUAAUCUAGAACCUCCCUCUCUAUCCUAGCAUCGCUCACAUACUACCAAACCUGACCCUUGACCUUUGAUCCCCUCAGGGUUCGCUCCAGUGACAUGAAACUGCAUGAUAUAACAUUGUGAAGAUUUUGCUCUUGACACCAUUCCUGCCAUUCGUCCUGAGAAGCAUGCUGUGCUAAAACUCACAAAACAAUGGCGUUAUCAUGCAAGCUGUGCCUACAGUAUUUCUUCUAGUGCUGGUUUUAUCUCCGAAGCUUGCCGAAAACCAUUCAUCAAUCGCCCCAUUGGAGAAUUGAUUGAGUGAAGUAUUACAGGACCCGGGGCUGUAAACUUGUCAGGAAACUCUCAGCCAUUUCCCUUUCAUGUUGACCUGAUUGUACAUGUAGAAAUACUAAAAUGUCAGUCAGUCCAACCCAACUUAGUAUUAUGUUGACUGUAUGAGUUAUAGCUGGUAUGCCAGAGGAUUUUCUUACAGACCAGGGUACACAGUUUAUAUCUUUGGUUUUGAUUGGGAUGGGAGGUCCCAGUGCUUGUUCAGGAUAGGCCUCACUCAUAGAACUGGUCAUAACCUUUCAUAGGCAAGUCAUACAGUGUUGACCACCCUCAACUACAGUCCUCUCCCCUUGCUCUUUGACCCCCUACGUAAAGCUUACACAGUGCCUUCUGAAAGUAUUCAGACCCCCUGACUUUUUCCAUAUUUGUUAGGUUAUAGCCUUAUUCUAAAAUGAUUAAAUAGUAUUUCCCCUCAUCAAUCUACACACAAUACCCCAUGAUGA